AUGGAAAAAUCCGGUGAAUAUUUGAGACAAUUAAUUCAACAUCUAUCAUUAUCUGUUAAUUCUUCAUCUGUCAAUAUUCUACGUGUUAAAUGUCAACUAUUACUAUGCGAUUGGUUAUUAGAAACACGUUGUAAUACGCCUCUGUUAAUUUGUUUACAAUUACAACAAAUUAUAAACGAUGUUGAAAAUCAACAAGGUUCAUCUGGUGAAUAUGCACAAGUGAAUUUUCAAUCGUAUCCUAUAAUGGCUCUUUUUAGUGAUCAAGGAUAUGAACGUAUUGAUUCAUUAAUUAAAUCGGUCGCUUAUGAAGGCGUGGCAUCGGAUUUCCUCGAAGCCCCAGAAUCAACAUUUCUUUAG